UGUAUUUCUCUUUCCUUGUUUGGUAGCUCAGAAACUGCGAGAAAACGAGAGAGAAACGAACCCGGAACUUCGAGUCUUAGAUUCUUCUUCAAAUUAUUUCUUGUUUCCCAUCAUUUCGGACCCCAAGAGGAAAACCCACCUCCCAAUUUGCGUAUAGUUCGAGAAUUUGGUUUCUUGAGGUUGUUGCUCCACAAACAUCAAGUUGCCAAUGUUGACUGCAAAUAUUGUGGCCACCUCUCCUCAAUUUCAAUUGGUGAAAUUUGAGGGUCAAUGCAAGGGCCAUUCUAAACUUACUGGAUCUAAUUCAGUAAAGGCUUUCAUUCCAUUUCAAUGCUUCGAUGGAAAAUUGCAAACACUAAAGAUUGCUCCACCUAGACCACUGGGGCUUGGAGCCCAGCUUUCUCCUUUUGAUAAAAGACCUAUCAUGCAUUCUACUCGAACACAGUCUGCUUCUGUCAUAUGUCAUUCCGCUUUGAAUGCAAGAUGUGGUGCAGAGCAAACCCAAACUGUUACACGCGAGGCUCCAACAAUUACUCACCUUCCUGGCAAGGAAAAGUCACCCCAACUCGAUGAUGGAGGGUCUGGAUUCCCACCCCGUGAUGAUGGUGAUGGUGGCGGUGGAGGCGGCGGAGGUGGAGGCAAUUGGUCUGGUGGAUUCUUCUUUUUCGGCUUUCUCGCUUUUCUAGGCUUCUUAAAGGAUAAGGAAAGCGAGUCGCCUUAUCGUGAAGACAGGAGAAGAUGAUAGAAGGAUUGGAAGUCAGCAUUAUUUUUGGAGGUACUUCAUAUUGUAGUUCUAAGUUUCUUUUCUCUUUGUAUUCUUUCUUAACAACUUUGCUCGCAUAAAAGUAGAUGGACUUGAGUUUAAAACA